AAAACGUAAACACAUUCAAUGAAACCAGUAUUAUUAUUAUAGUCUAUCAUAAACCGAGGACUUGAAUUUCUUUGCCAGUUUAAUGGUCACCAAAAAGUUGCUAGUAUGACGACAAUGCACAGUAAACCUCAUUAUCAUUAAGGUCAAAAACAUAUGGAGUUUCUCAAUCGACACUCAAUUCAGAGGCACACCUUGCCUCAAAUAUUUAUAUUAUUAUUAGCCUAUUAUUAAAUGAUAUAAUUAUUAGAUUAGUAAAUGGCACCGGUACCGGUACUGAAAACUUAGUUGUAGUCUUAGUGGUUAAACUUAGUAAUAGUAGAAUAGAUUUAUAAAUUAUAGUUAAAUUGUAGGUGCAGGUCUAGAAAUAGUAGGUGGAAGCAAACUUAUAUUAUAUUAGAUUUUAUGUAUAUUUUCGAUUUCUCUGUAUUCUAAAAUUACAAUUUACUUAGAUUUAUUCAGAUUUUAAAAGAUUACGGAAUAUUUAAACUUUUUUUGUAUUGAUACCGAGAGCGAAUUCGUUUCUGGUGAAGAUACAAAAUAUGGAGAAAUUUAUUUUUUCCAUCCGGUGAUGGGAGGGUGAUGAAAAUAUGAAAGGUUUUAUUAUUUACCUAGAAAAUAGAAUUUGGACUACCGUAUUUCAAAGUUAUUCCUCAGUCAAUUUGGAUGCUUAACUCGAUUCUUUAGGUUUCAAUGUUGUGCAAUUGCUGAAACGGAGUAUUUAAUGCAUAUUUAUAGCUUACCGUAUGGUCAAAGUGACACAACAAAAGAGCAGAGAUAAAUCAAGUUGGUCUAAAGAUAUGUGCGUCACCGGAAGAAAAAAUAUUUAUCGUAAUUGAUGACAAAAUAAAUGUACAAAUAGGAAACUGACGUAAAACGCAUUAAACCCGAGGUCACCGUAGAAGCGAUUGUAAGAUGGCCACUUCAGUUUUUGCGUCUUUUUUCCAUAUGCGCUAACUGAAUGCGCAAUCGGUUAUCGAUAUGCCUAUAUUAUUAAUUAAUAGCCUAAUGAAUGUUGUGUUCAAUGGCUAUUCUUAAUACAGUGUAGACUUAAUAAGUCUUACUCUUAAUUACUUGAUAAGCCCUAAACUACAUUUAUUUUGCCUAUUUGUUUUAAGAGGGAUACAAUUUUCUUAUAAUAUUAUGUACACUUAUAAGUUAUAUAUGGUGUCAGCCUUGGCCUUAGUGACGACUUUGGGGGGUCCAUUAAUUACGUCAACAAAAUAGGGGGAGGGAGUGGGUUUGGAAAUGUUUGACAGUUGUUGACAAGGGGGAGGGAGGGGGUUUAGAUUAGUUGACGUAAACAAUCAUGUUCAGGGGUGCCACUUUUCCGGGUCAUCCCGGAAUUCCGGAUUCGUGAGGCUAAAUAUUUUUCAGUUCCGGAUUUGCGAGUUUUUAUAUUCUCUCUUUCCGGAUUCGCCAGUUCAAUUUAUUCAAAUACGGAUUCUGUCUGGGUUUGUUUUUUUUUUUAAAGAAUCCACGUGCAACAGAAUUCGCGAAAAACCAGGAAAAUUCCUUGAAAAUGGACGUUAAUCGCCGAUCUAGUCUAUUUUUAGCCUUUUUGUUGCCAGAGAGCUAGUGGUUUCCUCUUGCGCAUGCGCUUUACACUACGCGUUUCGAGUACCGUACUACUUCGAUAGACCAGAAAUAUUUAUUUUCUGUUCACGUCGCCGAUCAAGAGAUAUUUGAAGUGUUUGGGUAAGCAAAGUGUAAAAUUUAGUAAAUAUCUUUUUAAUUUAGUUUUUAAUUGUUGGGUAACCAUUAUCAUAAAAAGAAAACUAUUCGUCCGAGCGCUGUCUAACAAGACUAAGCUUAGCGUACUUUGUUAUGUUAUGUAGCUUUACUGUAUGCAGGCGACUUGUAUUUUUUUUUUUAAUUAGAAGAGCUAGGCGGCGAUUAACUUUUUUUUUUAAAGACUUCUUAAGUUCUCUUUACAUUUAAUUACGGAGUAAGCCUUCUAAUUUUAAAUAGUCUAAUAUGAUUAAGUUAUUUUUAUCCGUUCUGUAGUGAGCCUGACAUAACUGUAUUUAGUUAGUUUUUAUUUAUUAGUUAUGCACUCCCGUGUUCUGACUCUUGGUAUACUUUACGGUAAUUUGUAAUUCUACUAUUACUAGUAUUCAUAAUGCUCUGUAUUACCGUAGCAGUAGUGCCGUAGUUAAAUACUGGUAUAAUAUAGUCGAUAUUAUUAUUAUGUAGGCCUAUGCCUUACUAUAAACUAUAAAUCUAAUAUGAUAAUAUAUUUUAUUUUGUUUCACUAUGCAGGAUCUAUAUAAAAAUAUGUAAUGCCCAACAGUUAACAGUUCCUUUAACUUAAAAGAACUGAUGGGCAUUACAGUUACAGUACAGUCAGUACAGCAAUUGGCAAUAAUGAUUGAAUAAGUCAUCAAUGAAUACUAUGCUGGAAAUAUUGAUAUCAAGUAUUCAAGGGGAAAAUGUCUGAGUCAAUCAUCUGAUGAUACCAGCUUUAUCACCCAUCUUAGGUGUCAACUUUUGUAACUUCUCAAUUUAUGAAAUUUAUGUGUCAAACUAUGAAACUCUCACACUUGGGAGAUAGUAUAGACACUAAAGUGUGUUGAUUCAAACUAUCUAUUUUCAUCAUAAAGAAGAGAACAUUAACUCCAUAUAUGAAAAGAUACUUUCCACUUGUGGUACUACCACUGGUAUACGUUUGUUCUAAAAUGCCCGGAUAACUCAUUGCAAAAGUUGACUUUUCAAGUCUAAGUAAAUUGAAAAAUUGCUAUUGCUGUAAAUUUAAUAAAUACUAAUAAAUGUUUACAUGUAUACACCUUAAUUGCUUAAUUUUGUUCAUUUGUGAUGUAUCUCAAUGUUUUAUUUGAUAAUUUCAUGCUUGUUUUUAUAUUAAUCAACAAAAUGCCGCAUUGCGAUAAUCAGGAAUUUUGAGUUUCAUUAAGUUUCAGGGAUUGAAAAAUUAGUAAAUGAAGUUUCAGGUUUCAAGAAAGUUUUCGAAAGGGAUUUCAGGGUUCACAGCUUUCAGUGAGUGGCACCCCUGAUCAUGUUUUCUCUAUUAAAAUUUUAAUCUUAAAAAUUGACUGGUUAUUACAUUAUUUUAAAAAAUGUAUGAAUGUAAAUAGUCAUAUAAUUUUUAGGCUUUUAACAAUAUAAGAUUUAUUUAAUGUGUGUCUUUGCAAUGCCACAUAAACAAAAUUUCAAAAAAAGCCAACUCCACACAUGGUUUCAUUUGAAGAAAUCUGCGCCACUGCCUAACAACCUGAAAAUGAAAUGCCUAUCUCGCACUCAUCCGUCUGCUACUAAAAUAUGGUGCGAUCAUCUGGGACCCAUACCUAAAGCUAGACGUGGACAAGAUGGAGCGAAUACAACGUAACGCAGUGCACUUCAUCGCGACUAAAAAUCCACCACUCCUGGCUUUGUCACUGACCUCUUAAAAAGAUUUGACAUCCCCUCCCUCAAAGACAGACGAGAAAAGCUCUGCCUAACAUUCUUAUAUAAAGUGGUCACGGGGCUAGUGCCGGCCAUCCCAGCUAACACGUAUCUCACCCCACAGAAGCCAGGUUGCUUAGUCAGAGCCAAAUGCUCAAUAAACACUGACUUCACCUCUGACAACUCUAUGAGCAGUUACAUCCGGAAAAAUAGUAAAUUCUUCACCGUGCCUCUGUGUAACACAGUCCAAUAUAAACAAUCAUUGUUCCCACGAACAAAAAUUGCUUGGAACCAACUGGACAAUGCGGCUGUGGAGUCGACAUCAAUCAAGAAUUUCAAGGCUGCCCUGGCACCCACUAGGAGCAGUUAGGAUAGCCGCAUCGUUUCCUAAACCGUUGCACAUAUGCUAGUACAUGGAUGCAGCAACGUAACAAAUGAGGUGGCUGAUCAGAAUGUUAGCACACUUUGUUAGUGCUAGAGAAGUCAAAAGUUGGCCUCUCUUCACCUGUAGAUUCUGUUGCAGGUAUGGAACAAGGACAAGGGUGAAGUGUCAUGUGCUGUCAAGAUAAAUGAUAUUGAUAAUGUAGGAAUACAAUAUUUUGAGAAUUAGGUGAAUAUAAAUUGAGUAACAAUAAUAACAUCGCUGCUUGAACGAAUUUGCAAAAUCUAAAACAUCUAUUUUGCACACAAGUCAUGUUGAAAAAACAUGUUCAACAGAACUGACAAUGCCCUCUUGAGCUUAAGAAAUUAGCACCUGCUCCCCAACAAAAAAGGAUUCGACCAAUGCAAGUUGCUGCAAGGAGAUAGAGAGAGCUUAUGGCAAUUAUUGCUCACACCGACAAUGCUUCUGUAUUAAGUGCUGAAUGGUUAGAUGAGGAUGAUGGUGAUUUGUCUGGUAUAUCAGUGAAAAGGAUCAAUCAGCUACUAUAGGCUAUGCCGGGGGGGGGGGGGGGGGGACAAAACCAAAACUUGGUCUGCUUGUUAAGUUUUUUAUUACUGGAGGCGCCACAUUACAUAGCAAUUUAAAUAAAACCUGCAAAUUAGGGGGUAGGGGCAAAUGCCCCCCUGCCCUACCCAAAUGAUGUCCCUGAUGUCCAUUGUUACGAUAGAGCAAACCUGGCUAAUAAUAAUAAUAAUAAUUAGUUGUCUUAUAUAGCGCUGUACCCUAGCCUAGGACUGGGCUCACCGCACUGUACAUAAAAAUAUUUAGCAAAAGAGACCUAAUCAUGAUAUCAAAAUAAAAUACAUGAAUGAAAUAAAAAACAGCAAGUAGUCAACAAAAACAAAGGUAUAUUCACCCACCCACCCACCCCAGAAAUUUUACAAGGCAAACCAUGGACGGCAGCCCGCAGGAAUGUUUAUCAGUCAGAGGAGGGGAAUCAGUCAGGGUAGUAUAGUUUAAAGAGAUGUGUUUUGAGUGCAGUUUUGAAGGCCUGGGUGAUAGUGUAUUGGGGAUGUGUAGUGGCAAAGAAUUCCAUUGUUUUUUUUGGGGCGCAGAAAGAGAAAAAUCGUUCACCAUAUAAUUUAGUUAGUGCGUGUCUUGGGAAUGGACAGAAUACGCGUUUCUACGGAGGAACGAAGCUGUGAAUAGACAGAAAGAAGUUCGGUUAGAUAGGAAGGGCAGGAAUCCGAGAAAAAGUUGUGACAGAGAGAGAGAGACCAAGAACAGACAGCUUGUAGUCAAUGCGUGCCUGUAUAGGGAGCCAAUGAAGUGAGUGGAGUAGUGGAGUGACGUGAUCACGUUUUUUUGCCUUUAGAACAAGCCUUGCAGCAGAGUUUUGAACUUUCUGCAGUUUUUCUAGGAAGUGUUUUGGUGAACCUGACAGAAGACUAUUACUCUUUAUCUCAAGACGAGAGAGAACAAGAACAGACUAGAGUUUUUGUUGCGCUAUCUGUGAGGUAGUGGAUGAUGGAGCUGAUCUGACGGAUAGCGGUGUAUGCCAAACGACAAAUGUGAGAGAUACGUUUAUCGAGAGACAUGUUAGAAAGAAUAUAACCAAGAUUCCUAGCAGAGGGUGUAAACUGUAUGUCGGAGUUACCUACUUGAAAUGAGGUGGGAAGAGUUGAGGUAGAGGAUGAUUUGUGAUUGUAAAUGAGGUAUGCUUCUGUUUUGUCAUCAUUAAGCUUGAACUUGCUGAGUGUCAUCCAUGACUUGACAUCAAUGCACCCCCGCAAAGUCUGGACAGUGGAAUAGACAAGAGAUGGAUGGGUAUGCUUGUAUAGCUGCGUGUCAUCUGCAAACGACUGGCUCUCCACAACAUGCCUCCUGAGUAAGAGGAGCAGUGGCCUGGUAUACAAUGUGAAUAGAGCCGGGCCCAAAACAGACCCCUGUGGCACUCCGUACACCAAAUCAGCACUGCCGGAGAGACAGCCACCGACAGAGACCGCUUGCGUUCUAUCAGAGAGGUAGGACCUAAACCAAGCCAAAACUGAACCAGAAAUUCCAAAGUAAUUUUCAAGGGUUUUGAAAAGGAUUUUAUGGUCAACAUUGUCAAAGGCCGCACUGAGGUCUAAGAGGAUCAGGAUGGAGACAUUACCGCUGUCCAUUGCGCGAAAGAGGUCAUUGGCGACUCUCAAGAGAGCUGUCUCUGUGCUAUGGAAAUGUCUAUAGGCCGACUGAUUAGAACUGAGAAGAGAGUGGUCGUUUAAGUAAGCAAAAAGUUGUUUUAGGACUAGUUUUUAAUAACUUUAGAUAAAAAUGAUAAGUUAGAUACAGGUCUAUAGUUUUUUAAAUUAUUUUCAUCCAGACCAGGCUUCUUAAGCAAUGGUUUGAUGACAGCUGAUGACAGCUACUCCUUGGGAAGAUGAAAGCAGCUAGAAACUAUACUAUAAUUGUCAGCUUUACUGACAAUAAUCAUAUUAAUACCACAAACAAUGAUAUUUAGUCUUUAACAACCUUUCAAUUGAUUCUGCAUUAUAAAAUUUAAGUGUAAAAACUUUUUAACUUGUUGAUUAACAAGCUAAAGAUGUAAUGAAAUGUUUUUCCUACAAUUUUAUUGUUAUUAAAUAGAUCAGCACAAAGUAAAAUUAAUGUAUAGAUUUAUUAAUAAUAUAAUUCCUUUUUUUUUUUUUUAAGGGGUGGGGGGGGUAGAAAAUGUUGAUAUAAUUAAAUAGGGGGGUCAUUGAAAGUUUGAAAGUUGUUGACAGUGGGGGAGGGGGUAAAAAAUGUAUAAAAAUUGUUGACGUAAUUAAUGGACAACCCCUUAGUCACCUUGCCUUGUUGUCUCUGACAUGAUUGAUCAUAAUAUAAUAAACAGUUUGGUGCAUCUUGCCUAAUUUGACUCUGCAUCAUUAAAACAACUAAUCAAGACUAAUCUGACAAUGACAAUCAUAUGUUGCCUCUUUGCUUUUUCUUUAUACCGGUACCAGAAAUCUCCACUAUAAAUGAUCUUUGAGCAGUCUAUGAUGCCAUGGCCAUGGAGCUGUUGAUUUUUUAAAAAUAAAGUUUAAACAUCAUAUUUUUAUUGCCCAAAGAAAGAGAUAAUGAGUAAGUAAAAUAUUAGCAAUUUUAAGCUAAUCACCAGAAUGCUAGAUAAAAUCAGAAACUAUAUUUUCUAUGCAAGGUUUUAGUUUUAAAUUAUAUUAAAUUUUACUGUUAUUGCAUAAAAAUUUAGCAGCCUCAAUUGGCAUAAUCUCUUAUAUAUAUUUUGCUUCUGGUGUGUCCUGCGUUCUCUUCAAAAAAACCCCACCCCCCUAACACCACUUUAUAUGUUAAUAGUACUGAAUGAAAAAAAUACUGUCACGCAGCAAGCUUCAUGUGUGACUUCUUAACUUUGGUAAACAGGUUGAUUUUUUUUCUUUAGCAAGGAAUUAUUUUUUUUUAAAUGUCACUGUUUUUUUCACCUUUUUGUUCUGGGGCUGCACACCACACAGUACUGUGUCAUGUGCUGUCCUUUCACUUCAGGCAUGUGUGCGCCUGUGAGUCUUUUCCAUGGUCUGGUACAGGAAGGUAUUGCUAUUUUCAUUAUGCUGCGACUGUUGUUUAGUAAGUCUUUGUUAUAAAGGGACAGUAUCUUCUCAAUCAUGGAUUUUUUGUACAAUGUCAUCUCUAUUCCGGGAUCCAGCUACUGCCUGUUCCUAUCAGUGGGUUAUUUCUUGACACAAACGGUUGACAAAGGCAAUUCACUCUCACUACAACAUAGGGCAGCAGAUUUUUCAUUUCAUAUUAUAGAAAAUGAGAAGUUAACUCUUUUUUCAUAAAACUUGAAUCCACCAGAUAUUUUCUCAAAAUACCUGGAUCCAACAUUGAAAAACUGCACCCGGUUAAGCCCUAGUUUCUCAUUUUUAGUCUAUUUGUACAAACAGAAGUAUGAAAAAUAUAAUUACUUUUUUCUUAAAUCUCCAAAAUUCCUCUUACCCCGGUAUAUGUAUUUUUUCCUCUUACAAGGUGAUACACAUAUAACUCUUCCCCUCCCCUUAUAGCUUAUUUUUCAAUAUGUGAACAUUUAAUUUUAAAUAGUAAUUUUAAUUAACUGAAAUUGUUUAUUUUACACAUAUUACCUCAAUAAAUAAAAUUGGUGAAUUAGAUUUUAACAAUACAGCUAGUGCUCAACUUACGACCAUUUGACUUUACGACCAAAAUCACUAGCCAUACUGUAUUACAUUUCAGAUUUAUUUCUGCCUCAAUUAUCAGUCGAACGGUGUUGUCUGCAAUCGAACAUAGAAAAUUAUGAUUUAUAACAAAUUAUAAAAGAAAUUUAUGGUAUAAUUAAUUUAACUUAAAUAUUUUUAUAACAUCACUUCACAUUACUGUACACAUAGCAUACUCAACUUACAACCAAAUGGUGUUACGACCGGUCUGUUGGAACCGAUCGUGGUCGUAAGUCGAGCACUAGCUGUAGUUUAAUCUAAAUGGAAAAUUUGAACUUAAUGUAUAUUUUACAAUGAUGAUGAUUGCACUUCAGGUUUGUGCUUGAAAAAAAUCACUCAGAAUAUAAUAUAGUAUUCCCAUACAGUAAAGCGAUGACACUUUUCAACCUCCUCAUCUUUAUCCCCUAAAAAAUUGAUUAAAUAGAGCUUAAUUGUCUUAAAUUGGUUUAAAUAUUGACAAUUUAGUCAAUAGUGGUACAUAGUCUCAGAUGAGAAAAGUUGUCUUUAUCUUACCUAUAACAUGUUCUUAUAGUUUUAGCUAAAUUGAUGCUUUCUAUCCUUAAAAAGAUUCCCUUGUUGCUUUGAAUGAGCUUCGAGCAGCAAGAAUAAGGAAAGAGCAGACAAGAUCACAGUGUCAGGAGGUGAGUGAAUAACCAUAAUAAUUAAAGUCCCCUUACAAAAGUAACAAUGCAUUUCAAAAUUUAAAGAAUAAAAAAUUGAAUUACAAAGACAACUGUAGAAUUAUGAUAUAAACUUUUACAUUAGUAAAACGCCAAUGAAGAAGAUUUUAAAAUAUAUUAACAUUUAAGUCUUAACUUAGUCAAUGGCUCCUUUUAUAUUAAUUAUCACCGCCCUAACACCAACGUGCCACCUCACAACCAUCUGUUGGGGAGAGAACGCCAGGUUGCUCUAAAGAGAUUGUACAAGUUUUAAAAAAAUGUUUUAUACACAUUUUCUGAGUUUGCUCUUUGUGUGUGGUCAAAUCUUGCAACUCAAUUUGGACCCACUUCCUGAUCUUCAAUUGAGCUUUAAACUUCGUACACUUACCCACUCCCAAUGACAAUACAACCCUUCAUGAUCAGUAGAUCACCAGUGACCUCCACUGACCUUUGAAUGAAAUCUGUUGGUCAAAUUCUUGCAUCUCAGUUUUGGCACAUUUCCUGAUCUCCAAUUGAGUUCAAACAAAGAACAUUGAGCUCAUGGCGACAACAUUCUCAUUUACUCAGGUUCUUUGUUUCAGCUCAGUGGGAGAUCAGAAAGUGGAGCAAAAUUGAGGUGCAAUAUUUGACCAUACAUAAACAAACAGACAGAGCAACCUAAGAAAAAGUCAUAUAACAUCAUUGUAUUUCAUAAGCACCCCACGCUUUUUUAAGUAAUGUGGCUGUAACAACUCUGAAGUUUUUGGAAAUUUUAUUUUAUACUAUUUAGUUCAUUUUAGAAAAAAAUGUUUUUUAAAAGUUACUUUUUAUAUUGUUUUUUGGGUGUUUUUUUCGUUGUUUUUUAAUGAUGACAAGAUAUACUUUAUUAAAACUUUCCGCUUAAGUAAUGCUGCAGGCGUGCAGCUAAUGCAAAGUACUAUAACAGGAUAGAGAACUGGAUUAAUUCAAUUAAGAUUAAUUUGUUUUGUGUGUGAUUUCAUUUUUGUUUUUAUAUUUUUGGAUCAUGAAACAGAUUAAGAGACAACUAGAGCAAAUUAACAAUAUGAAGAGAGAAAAGGCAACACUAAGUGAGCAGCUACAAUUGUUACGACAAGGCAGCAAUAACCCUGAAGAUAUAACAACUUACCAGGAUUCAGAACUGAGAGAGUUUAAAAAAGCACUAAGAAUACUCCAGGAAAAAUUAUCUGCUUACAGAAUCAUAGGUAAUUUUUUUCAUCAAAAUAAUAUUGGUAUUUGAAGAGUAAUGACAAAUUAGUAUCUCACACAUUAAUUGUCAAUAUAAAGUACGAAAUCAGCUUUUGAGUAACAAAAUGAGAUACUUUUUUUAUAUUAUUGUGUAUUUUUUCAUUUGAAAAUAUUCCUCAAUUAUUACCAUAUGAUUAUGGAUAUCAUACACGUAAAAAUUAUAAAAAUGUAUCUAAAUUAAUUUACCAGUGUACAUAUUUAUACAAUAAACAGGUCCAAGUGGUCUUACUGUUAUAGAAAGAGAUGCCAACACUUUAGUGGUCAGCUUUACUUCUACAUGGAGAUACGUUACAGAAUCCUAUAUUCUUAAGGUCAAUUCUUCAGAUGGUCAAAUCAAGGUUAGGACCUCACCAAUAUAUUUAUUUAUUUACUCAGCGUAAGCAUUUAUGGUCAAUCGUUUAAUAAUAAAAGGGGAUGGACCCAUAAAGAAUCAUUGCUCCUCAUAUUGUUUGCAACAUCUUCUUCUUUUUCUUCUUCUAUAAGUUAAGGGCCCAUGAUCAAUCUAUUGAUCAUUCUGGCUCCUAUGCAUGUAGAGGGGAUUUGCAAUGUUUCUGUGCCUGGUGUUGAUGAGGAUAUUUCACUGGUUGCAAGGGCUACUUAGAUAGGGUAUCAGGAACUGGGGGUUGGAAGGCCCAAGGCAAUAGACACAAAUGUGUCAAACUAAAUAACUAAAAGUUAUUUAAAAAUUGCAGAUAAUUAUUAGAAUAUGUUGACCAUUUUAAAGUUUUUAUUAGUAAGAUAAAGAUUUGUUACUGCAUUUUAUUCCCUGCAAUAAAGUGGAAAAUUUGAAGAAAAAAAAUAAUGCUGAGCUUUCUGAUUUUUUAAUGAAAAGUUUCAUUAUCAGAACUUAGUGUGGUGAUUGAACAUAUGUUAUCAAGAUGAAGAAAGACGUAUUGAUGAAGGAGGAGGAAAUAUUCAAAUGUUUGAAUAAUAAAAAGCUGAUCUUAAAUUGUCUCACUCUCACUUUUCAGGUCUCCAAUACAACAAUUCCCUACUUUAUAGAUGUACAAACAAUGCUAAAUAAUAAGAGUCAACCCCUGAAUCAAGUCAUGGACAACAUCGGCUACCAACUUAAUGCUUACAUCCAUCGAAAAGGAGAACUUGACUUUGUCACGGUAAAUUUACCAAUGAUAUAAUGACUCUGGGGGGGUGUUGUGUGUGUGGUUUGGGUUUCACCAGAAAAUUAACUAAUUAAAUAACUGGCUUUUUAUACUAAUUUAUUAUUGUCGCCAAGUUAAUAUUUUUCAGUCAUCCUUCACAUAAUUAAAUACCUAUUAGUUUUUAGAAUCGUUUAAUUAGACUGACAUGAUUUUUAAUCAUUGUAAAUUGUAAAUAAAUAUUGGGGUUCAGAUGAGACUGAUUACAUGUUUACUUUAUUCCUAAGCCGUAUCAAAUAUUAUGUAUAUAAAGUAUACAAAUGUGCUUAUUCUUUGACAUAGCAUUUCUGUUUUUUUUAUUAUAAAUAAAUGCACACUUUUCUUUGUUCUUUUCCCCACAAAUGUAUAUAAAAAUCUUAUAUAGAAUAAUUUCACUACAUUAACACCGGCAAAGUUGAUAUACAUUUUAGAUCUUGUUCAGACACCUCAUUGUGUUCAGGGUUUUUAUUUAAAAAUCAUUUGAAAGCUCCAACUGAAAAUCUUUAACAAGGAAUGAUGUCAGCUGUCCAAGUCGAAGCUCUUGUGGGCCAUCCAGAAAUCCUUAUUUGCGAUCCCUCCCCUCUACGCGAGGGGAUAUGCCACAAAGCGGCACCCCUGAGACGUUUUGCCCCAGGGGGAUCUUCACUGGCACAAAGCUCCAACUAAAAGUUAAAAGAUCAGUUUAUUUAAAAUAUAUUCAAAUAUUUCAAAAGCUCAAGAUUCUUCUCAUGCUUUGUCUAUAACCAUGGAGUACAAAUUGUUUCUUUCUUUAAAAUUAUUAUGUGUAAUAUUUCUCAUGAGCUUCUAUUACAUAAUAUUAAAAUAUAAUAUCAACCUGAUUUUUUUGUUGUCCUAUACCCAACAACAGAAAGAUUGUGCAAAUAUCCUGAAGACAUCAUCUGCAAAUGAUUCUAUGACCACCAUUAAUUUGACACUUGCGGACAAACAGACAUCAACUUCUAAGACCAAGAAAAAUUGUGAAAUUUCAAUUUUCUUGGUGUAUUCAUCUAUCGAGUCUUUACUUCCUGAAACUGUUGAUGUAACUAAGUCCAUGG